UCUGGUUCGAUGCCGCACGUUGGCCCCCGGAGUCACCCUUGACUCGAGCGAGUCACGACUCAACUCAGGCCUACCUCUAUGAUUUAAUGCAGCGGUUUGUGAUGUCGCAGCGUGAGGAUCACAACGUGCAGAGAGCAGAAGAAAGAGAAGAGGGGCAGCAGCAAUUCAGGCACCGGAAUCGUCUCUAAUGGAGAGUCGUUCGAAGGCUUUUGUAUGCGGAUUUUCGGAGAUCCAGCGAAGGGAGUUGGGAUUUUCUCCCCCUCGAAGCUUCACCCGCCGAAUCGGUGGUUCUGAGGUCCUUGUAAAGCGACUUGAUCUAUAUGGGAAGUUAAGUGGUCACGGUGGUUGCGUAAACACUGUACAUUUCAACCCAACUGGUGACUUUCUUGUCUCAGGUUCUGAUGACAGACAAGUCAUAUUCUGGAACUGGAUAGCUAAAAGUAAAAUUUUUUCAUAUCAUUCUGGUCAUCAAAACAAUGUCUUCCAAGCAAGAGUAAUGCCAUUCACUGAUGAUCGAACUGUUAUAACCUCUGCUGCUGAUGGCCAGGUCAGGCUUGGCCAAAUCUUGGAGAAUGGUCGGGUCGACACCAAAAGGCUUGCGAAACACCAAGGCCGCAUCCACAAGCUUGCCAUUGAACCCGGGAGUCCUCACAUAUUUUACAGUUGUGGUGAGGAUGGCGUCGUACAGCAUUUUGAUCUGCGUAGUCAUUCUGCUACCAAGCUGUUCUCUUGCUCUUCAUUCACCGAGAGCAAACAUCCUCAUGGCAGCAUACAGUUGAAUGCAAUUGUAAUAGAUCCGCGGAACCCAAACUAUUUUGCUGUCGGCGGCUUUGAUGAAUAUGCACGCGUUUACGACAUUAGGAAUUACCAGCUUGAUGCAUCAAGCAUUUCAGACCGCCCCGUGAAUGCGUUUUCUCCCCGACACCUAAUGGGUACAGACAAUGUUCACAUCACUGGGCUUGCGUAUUCGUACAUGAGUGAACUGCUAGUCACUUAUAACGACGAGCUUGUAUACCUGUUUCAGAAGGACAUGGGUAUUGGUCCGAAUCCUCAGUCCAUCCCCACUGAAAAUUUGCAGAAAUUGGACCAGCCUCAGGUGUAUACUGGGCAUAGGAAUUCUCAUACGGUUAAAGGAGUGAGUUUCUUUGGCCCUGAUGAUGAAUAUGUUGUGAGUGGGUCGGAUUGCGGUCAUGUGUUUAUCUGGAAGAAAAGGGGAGGUGGACUAAUGCGUUUAAUGGUUGGGGAUAGCCACAUUGUAAACUGUCUUGAGCCCCAUCCAAAUGCACCUAUCCUUGCUACUAGUGGAAUAGAGAAGGAUGUGAAGCUUUGGGCUCCCAUUGCCAAGGAUCCGUUCCAACUGCCUGAUAAUGUACAAGAGAUAAUGGAAGCUAACAAGCAGGCCAGAGAAGACCGUUCGCGAAUAACACUUACGCCUGAUGUCAUUAUGCAUGUGCUGAGGCUGCAAAGAAGGCAGACAUUAGCCUACAUUGAAAGGAGAUAUUCAAGUGCAGAUGCUGAGAGUGAUGAUGAAGAUGAAGGAACGGCACUUGUUUUAGGAUUCUCAGAUGGUGAUGCCUCUUCCGAAGAAGGAUUUACUGCGAAUUCCAGAGAGUGCAACAUCAGCUGAAGUCCAUCUAGGUCUUAGUAAGCCAGUAAUUUUCUUAUGGGGUUAAACUAUGUUGACAGCUCACCACCUUUUUAAAUUGCGGUGUCAUCCACCAACCCGUGGCAUACCAUGUUCAGCAAAUCAGACUGUCCAAACAGUGGGGCCAAUUUCGAUAAAACUAGCAUCAAGUGAUGGUUGGGAUCAGUCUGGAUUGAUGCACAUGUAUGGGACGUUUAUGACGAAUGAGACAAGUAAUAAAAAGGGGUGGACCAUCACCAGUCUUGUCCUUAGGUAUUUUAUUUGCUCUUUGUUUGGGUUGAAGAGAUAUUGUUUGAUGAUGGUAGUUAUGAUCUUCUUCUGCAACUAUUGCGAAUAUGUACAGCACAAAAUGUCCAGAAGCAAUACUGGAAUGCUUGGGUAGGUGCUCUCUGGCAUAGAAAAAAAAAAAUUAGUAGAAAAUUUACACCAGGCUGCCAAAGCUGGUUUUUAUCGUGAUUUGGGAUAUUUCUGUGGUAUAAUGUCAUAUACUGUAACUGUACAGAUUGAACUAAAUAUAUUCUGUACAGUGCUGAUGUGAUUCACUGGUA